AUGGACUUCAUCGGGCAAAUUCAUCCCGCUUCUAGCAAAGGAACAUUCAUAAUUAUGGCAAUAGAGUACUUCACCAAAUGGGUAGAAGCUUCAACAGUGAAGACCAUAACCUCAACUGCGGUCAAGAAAUUCAUCGAGAUCAAGAUCUUACACAUAUAUGGGGUGCCCGAGACAAUUGUUAUAGACCACGGGUUAUCUUUUAUUUCAAAGAAAGUAGAAGAAUUUGCAAGUAAGUUCAAGAUUAAGAUGAUCCAAUCUAGUCGUUACUACCCCCAGUCAAAUGGUCAAGCAGAAGCCAGCAACAAGAUCUUGGUAAACAUUAUUAAAAGAAUGGUGACUGAGAGUCCAAAAAAAUGGCAUGAGAAAUUAAGAGACAUUUUGUGGGCUUACAGGACUUCCAAGAGCGCAGGAACUGGAACAACUCCUUAUGCCUUAACUUUCGAGCAAGAUGUUAUAUUCCCCAUGGAUAUUAAUGUGAGUUCUGUUAGGAUUCAAAAUAAAUUUGGGUUGUACAGUGAAGAAUAUAUUCAAGCUAUGUGUCAAGGAGUUGAAGAUCUAGAUGUAGCCCUAAUCGAAGCUCUAGAUAAAAUUCAAGAGGGGAAGAGAGUUGUUGCCCAAGCAUACAAUAAAAAUGUGAAGUUGAAGAACUUAGAGAAAUGA